GAUUUCAUUGGGUCCAAUCUCAUCCAUAGAUCUAAAACUCAGAUAAGGUGAUAAAUGCUCUCUUCUAAUUUCUCGAGCCACCAGCACAAGAAAUUAACCAUGGCCUCCCCACCAUUGCUAACCCCAACAACGUCAAAACUCAAACCCCUCCUCCCCAUCAAAGCAGCCGCCACACCCUCUCCGCCGCCGCACCAACAACCCUUAGUACGGCGCCGAUUCUUGUCCCUUGCCGCCGCCGCCACGGCAACUCUUUCUCUUGCGGGGCCGCGACCAGCAGUUGGUGCCUCGGACGAGGAGUACGUGAAGGAGUCCGCCGAAGUGAUCGGCAAAGUAAGGAACACCAUAAAUAUGGAUAAGAACGAUCCGAACAUCGCGGCCGCCGUGGCUGAGCUUCGAGAGACGUCGAACUCUUGGGUGGCUAAGUACAGAAGAGAGAAGGCUUUGUUGGGCAGAGCUUCGUUCCGUGACAUUUACUCGGCGUUGAAUGCUAUUUCUGGGCAUUAUAUUAGCUUCGGACCAACGGCGCCGAUCCCUGCAAAGAGAAAGGCUAGGAUUCUUGAAGAAAUGGACACUGCCGAGAAAGCUUUAUCUCGAGGAAGAUGAAAAAACCGCAAAGUACCGGUGGCCGGCCACCACCACCACUCACCUACGGAAGCCGGAUUUUUCUUUUCUUUUCCCUUAAACUUGUUGGUUUCACUGCUUAAAUAGUGCCUAUGUAAUUUAUGAAGCUUGAGAUUGUAAAUUUGUGGUUCGGUUGGAUAAAUUAUACAUUGAGUACCUAAUCUAUUAGUUUUAA